AUGUCAAAACAGGAGGGAAAACUGGACUACGAGCCGCCCGAGACGCGUUACAAAGGACUGCGGCUGGAGCUGGCGCUGGACAAGAUCGUCACCUGCAUCGCCGUGGGGCUGCCGCUGCUCCUCAUCUCCCUCGCCUUCGCCCAGGAGGUCUCCAUCGGGGAAAUAAACACCUACAGAUGGAAUGUCCCAGAGCGAUCUGGCCCUGGGAAAACAGAUCCCAACUGUAUCACUUGGGUUUACUAUUCAACAGCAAAUUUUGUAAAGGACACAUACAGUGGUCUGAUUGGCCCUCUUGUAGUUUGCAGAAAAGGAAUUCUAGAUAAAAAUGGCCUGAGAAAAGACAUUGAUCGUGAAUUUACUCUUCUGUUUAUGGUGUUCGAUGAAAACAAAUCCUGGUAUUUAAAAGAGAAUAUUGAAACAUACCUUCACAAGAGUCCUGAUGAUUUUAAUUCCACUAAGAAUUUUGUGGAAGGCAACAGCAAGCAUGCAAUCAAUGGGAAGAUUUAUAACAGUCUCCUGGGUCUAACCAUGAAUGACGGUGAUAAGACAAACUGGUAUUUGAUAGGAAUGGGUAAUGAAGUAGAUGUACAUACAGUCCAUUUCCAUGCACAGACCUUCAUCUUCAAGACAGAUAAAGACCACAGAGGAGAUGUAUAUGACCUUUUUCCUGGGACUUUCCAAACUGUUGAACUUGUAGCAGAAAACCCUGGGACGUGGCUUCUGCACUGCCAUGUAGCUGACCACAUACACGCUGGCAUGGAAACUACCUACACCAUCAAUAAAUCAGAGCUGGAAGCCUCUUCAGAAGAAGGACUGACGACAGCAGCUUAUGGUACAACUACUGCACAAAAUAGGACCACCGCAAAGGAUCCUGACAGCCAAGGGGACAACGUCUUUGACAAAACUCUGACUCCUGGAGAAGCCAGCCUGAUGCUCGCAGCCUUUGUUUCCGUCGGACUCAUUCUGCUGUUGACCACAUUGGCCUUCCUCUCCCUCAUCACCCACCAAGGAAGCAGGAUCCAGUAUCAGGCUCUGAAUGACAAAAGUGCACUUCUAGCAGAUUUCCUGUAAAUCCCCACUUUCAGCACCAUCCACAGAGCCAUGCCGGGUUUCACAAAACGCUGCUGCUACUGCUAGAACAAGACACACUCUGGAAGUCCCAUCCCAUUGCCAGCACUCCUGAGAACUGCAGGAAAGGGCCAUGUAUCACCCAAUGCUAUCCCCACCCCCCGCCACUCAGCUGUGCCCGAGGCACCACACCUCUUGGCCAACGUUCCCAUGGGAGGAUGGAGCGGGCAGGAUUGCACCCGUGUGCUCUGUGCAGAACCACAGGGCGCACACUGCUUUAGCAUCCAGCUCCUGAAGGCACAGGUGUAAGUUUGCAAGUUCCUGAGGUUUCCCAAAGAGAAGCCAGUCUUAUGCCAGAGUCAGCAUCAAUGAAUUCAUCAGCAUUUAACUGAUUUCCCCUUUUUUUUUGUUCCCUUUGUCCUGUUAAAUGAGGAAGCUGUGCACUGGGGAUAGAUUUUUAAAGGCAUUUAAGUACCUAUCAACAUACUUUAGCACCUGAUGAAGCUCAGCAUCUGCAACAGAUUUGUUAAUCCCUUUAAAAAUCUAGCCCUGAGCAGCCCCAAUGAAGUUAUACUUUGUGAUUGCUGCUCGUUGUGGUCCUGACUCUGUAACUCUUCUCUGCAUCGAGCAGUGCUUCAUUCACAAACUUUAAUUGGGAUGCUGAUAUCUGUGCUCUGCAGAGAAGACAGACAGAAUCAGGCUGUAUUUAAUACUACUUGAAUGUUUAUAGCUCGUGUCUAAUUACAUAGCACUCACUCUUGCCAGCCAGCUGCUCACGUCAGCUACAGCUCUUGCAGAGGAACUUCAGAACAAACACAUCUGUGAAACUGUUGAUCCAAAGCUGAUUUUGAAUGUAAAUCCACUUUGCUGUUCUUUUCUAUUAUUUUUCCCCCAGUUCUGUACUUUGAAGUUCGUUCAAAUGCAGGGAAUUGUGCUGCCCAUCCCUCCUACUGCAGCUUAGUGAUGUCCUGGGUCAGUGCUCGGGUAUUUGAGAUGUAGAAGUUUCCUGGGUGCUUGUCAGUUGAUUCUUGAUUCCUUGUUUUCUCAGUUAUUUAAGAGCAUGCACGUGAAGUAGAACUGCAAGACUGGGCCCACACAGGAGUUAUGCUAUAGCAAUAAACACUUCCACACUCAUUUUCUAAAUCCCUUGAGCUGAUAAAAAUAGAUACCCCCAUACCCUGUUAUCUUUCUACUUUGUAAACAUUAAGAUUGAGAUCUAUUUCUGUCCAAAAGCACUGCACAGAACAUUUGCUCUCUGUCUACAUACAAAAACUAAAGCCUUUCACUUAAAUAUUCACAGUUAAUAAAGGAAAUUAUUUGAUACUUUUCCUUUCAGAGUAGCUAACGGGUCUGACAU